AUGGUCAAAGCUGUCGUUGCCGGUGCCUCUGGCGGCAUUGGGCAGCCUCUUUCUCUCCUCCUAAAGAUCAGCCCGCUCAUCGAUGAGCUUGCCCUCUACGAUGUCGUCAACACUCCCGGUGUUGCCGCGGACCUUUCUCACAUCUCUUCCACUGCUAAGCUCACUGGCUAUCUGCCCGCCAACGACGGCGCGAAGGUUGCCUUCAAGGAUGCCGACAUUAUUGUCAUCCCCGCUGGUAUUCCUCGCAAGCCUGGCAUGACUCGUGAUGACCUCUUCAACAUCAACGCUGGCAUUGUCAAGGGUCUUAUCGAGGUCGCCGCCGAGGUGGCCCCCAAGGCCUUCAUCCUCGUCAUCUCCAACCCCGUCAACUCGACUGUUCCCAUUGCCGCCGAGGUCCUCAAGGCCAAGGGAGUCUUCAACCCUCAGCGCCUCUUUGGUGUCACCACUCUCGACAUUGUCCGUGCGGAGACCUUUGUCGCCGAGAUUACUGGUGAGAAGCAGCCCCAGAAGCUCAAUAUCCCCGUCAUUGGUGGCCACUCUGGCGAGACCAUUGUGCCACUCUUCAGCAAGGCUACUCCCUCCGUCAACAUUCCUGCCGACAAGUAUGACGCUCUUGUCAACCGCGUUCAGUUUGGUGGUGAUGAGGUAGUCAAGGCCAAGGAUGGCGCUGGCUCUGCCACCCUCUCCAUGGCUUACGCCGGUUUCCGCUUCGCCGAAAAGGUCCUGAGAGCUGUCAAGGGCGAGAAGGGUCUUAUCGAACCCAGCUACGUCUACCUGCCUGGUGUCCCCGGUGGUGAUGUCGUAGCCAAGGCUACCGGUUGCGACUUCUUCUCCGUUCCCGUUGAACUUGGCCCCAACGGUGUCGAGAAGGCCACAAACCCAUUGGAGGGCAUCACCGAGCAGGAGAAGGCCCUACUGACAAAGGCCGUCGAGGGUCUCAAGGGCAAUAUUUCCAAGGGUGUCCAGUUUGCCCACAACCCUCCCCAAAAGUAA